AUGUUUGAAUGCUUAGCAGAUAUAAAUAGUGAACCUAUAAUUCCUCCUACAAGUAAUUUACCGAUCACUAAUUUAUUACUUCCAAUUUCAAUUAUUGGAUGUUUAGCAGAUAUAAAUAAUGAACCCAUAAUUUCUCCUACAAGUAAUGCUAAUAAUAAAAUAAAAAAAUCUCGCCGAAAUAAAUGGAAAAAUAAUAUUGCUAGGACUAGUUAUAAAAGUUUACAAGAAAUGUUUAUAUUUGAAUGGUUGGCAGAUAUAAAUAGUGAACCAAUAAUUCCUCCUACAAGCAAUGCUAAUAAUAAAACAAAAAAAUCAUGCCGAAAUAAACAGAAAAAUAAUAUUGCUAGAACUAGCUACAAAAGUUCACAAGUAAUGUUUAAUAUUAAAGAAGAAGAUCGAGAAAUGAUGAUGUUUGAAUGGUUGGCAGAUAUAUUCAAAGAGGCUGAUGAUAAUGAUGAGACUGAAGUAAUGUUUAAUAUUAAAGAAGAUCAAGAAACAAUGAUGUUUGAAUGUUUAGCAGAUAUAAAUAGUGAAUCUAUAAUUUCUUCUACAAGUAAUGCUAAUAAUAAAACAAAAAAAUCCCCCCAAAAUAAACAGAGAAAUAAUAUUGCUAGAACUAGCUAUAAUAAAGAUGACUUGGCCGAAUGUAUUAAGAAUAAUAAGAAACGUCGAGACCGAUGGUGGUUUAUAAAAAUAUAA